CUGCCAUUGCGCUCAGUCUUUGGCACAGUCUGGUUACGCACGGAUCAGGCUGGGUGUGCGGGUUGAAGCAGACACGUUUUCCGACUAAGAAAGUACGAUCUUGGCUUUUGAAUUGUUUAUUUGGACAUCUGGGGUGGAGUAUUUGAAUCAUGUCCGUAGUGAGCGCAGUGCCAUUCAUGAGGCCGCUCCAUAUGCGCUCUCCGGUGCCGAGGGGCCGCCGCCACACGCUGCCGGCCAGCGAGUUCCGCUCCCUGAGCCCGGAGGACGCCAUCAGCGUGUUCGAGAUAGAGAGAGAAGCCUUCAUUUCAGUGUCUGGUGAGUGUCCCCUGUACCUGGACGAGGUGCGUCACUUCCUCAGUCUGUGUCCUGAGCUGUCUCUUGGCUGGUUUGAGGAGGGACGUCUGGUGGCUUUUAUCAUUGGCUCACUGUGGGACCAGGACAGGCUUACAGAGGAUGCUCUGACCCUCCAUAAGCCUCAUGGGACCACCGUCCACAUCCAUGUCCUGGCGGUCCACCGGACCUUCCGCCAGCAGGGCAAAGGCUCCAUCCUGAUGUGGCGCUACCUCCAGUACCUCCGCUGCAUGCCCUGCGUCCGCCGCGCAGUGCUCAUGUGUGAAGACUUCCUAGUUCCUUUCUACCGAAAGUCAGGGUUCAAGGUGCAGGGUCCCAGUAACAUCACGGUGGGACCCCUCACCUUCAUUGAAAUGUUCUACCCGGUCAGAGGUCACGCCUUCAUGCGCCGUAACAGCGGCUGCUGAGAACAGACGGAUGUGAUGUGGAUUUUGUCCUGGAAUGUGAAUGAGCAGUCGUUUGAACAGCUUUGUGGCACAUGGACGACCAUCACUGUGGUUGUGUUUGUGACGGUCGCUGUGGACAAGACUUUUCCAGCUGGUGUGUGUUUGGAGAAAACACAGUCUUCAUCCAACAGCUGCAGAAACAUGCUUAAUGUGACUGUAAUAUAAAAACCACAUCACAGAGCACACCUGCAAAAGAAUGUCAACGGUGACAGUUUCAGAUGUUUUGUAUGUUCUUUUCCAUAUGUUUUUGAUAAAUGCUGGACAUUUACACCUCAAUAGAACGCAGCUGCCUUGUUUACGUCAUUACCCUCUUUUUGUACUUUUUGGUUUGCUUUCUUUUUGUUUAGUUCAUCUGUAAUGUUUAUGGCUCUCUGAAGUUUAUGCUAUAAUUUGUAAAGAAACAGUAACAUGCCAAAGUAAACAGUUAACCUUUAAUGAUGGUGAACUGACAAAAAUACUGACUAAAGAUGCAGUGUCAGAAUAUGAGGCAGUGUAAUUUAUGUAAUGAUUACAACAUAUUUUCUCCACAAAGCUAGUGGUAGUAUGUAAACAUGUCCAGGAGGUCAUGUAUUUUAACCCAU